AUUUCCCAAGACUUACUCAGUUAGCAGGAUUACUCAUGCUCCUACUUCCACAGUUAGCUGGAGAGAAAGGCUGUCUCCUCGAAAUUGGUACGGGUGAAGGAAAGUCUUGUAUCUUAGCAAUGUUCGCUGUGAUCCAUGCGAUUCGUGGAACAAAAGUGGACAUAGUAACAAGUUCUCCAGUCCUGGCACGUCGAGAUGAAGAAGAAUGGAGAAAACUGUUUGACAUGUUUGGUGUUACAUCAUCUGUUGUGCCUCCACCCUUUUCAGAAGCCAACACUCCAGAGAAAUGUGAAAACUUGCUACAGCAAGCAUACAAUAAACAAAUAGUAUAUGGUACCGUUGGAGCCUUUGCAGCAGACAUAUUGAAACAAGAGUUUGAGAAGAAAACUACUAGAGGCCACAGAAACUUUGAGUUGGUAAUAGUGGAUGAAGUGGACUACAUGACUUUGGAUCAUGGAGUUCAAGUAACAUUUCUGUCUCAUGAUUCCAGUGGCCUGAGGCAUAUGGAGCAAGUCCUGGCAAGUAUUUGGACCAUGACGUCGGCUUGUCGGCCAAUCGAAAUGCUGGAAACAGGGGAGAUUAAAUGGGUGACAAGGCUGCAGCACUUUCACAAAGCUACCAUGGCUGCUUUUUUGGGGUCUGAAACAUCAGAACACUUUUCAGCAUAUGAUAUUUUGCUUCCUGGUUUACAGUUGGGGUUCUAUGCAGAGGAGGACAUUGAGAUGUUAAAACAAGCGGAAAACAAAGAAGAGACAGAAGACGAGGCCUCAGACUUCCAAGGUGACAAAUGGAAAGCAAUUGAGAGCAUAAUAAGCAAAAUUGGGGUUUCACAACAGUACGACCUUCUGACAUUAUUUGAAUCAGUCAUGGAGAACAAGGUGUCAUUUGAGUGCUAUUCAGUAGAGAACAACAAGGCCCGACUCUUUGGAACACAGAAGGAGGACAGUGAUGUUAAAAUCUCAAUGUUGCUCCUUGAAAAUGGGCAAGCUUGUGAAAUCAUGUCUGAAAAAUCAAUCAUCGAAGCAACAGUUGGUGAGCUUCAAAAAAAAAUCAAGUACUCUACUUACUGUCCUUCCAAAGAUGAAACCCAAAAAUUCAUUGUGAUCCCAUCAUUUUUGAAGAAAUACAUUGAGAGUCAGUUACCGGUGUUUGUUGAGAAUGCACUUAAGGCUAUUCAGAUGACUCAAGGUAGAGAAUACAUGAUUGACAGCCAUGCCAUAAUUCCUGUGGACUUCAAAUCCAGUGGAGUACUGGAGAAAAACAAAAGGUGGGGAAAUGGCUUACAGCAGUUUUUGGAGAUGAAGCACCAGUUGGCAAUAUCUCAGUUAUCCAAUGUGACAAAUUACAUGUCAAAUUUCCAUUACUUCAAAAGAUACCUGAAGGGAAAUGGAAUAUUUGGAGUUUCUGGGACGCUGGGAGGGGAUGCUGACAAAGCCUUUCUUAAAAAGCAAUACCAGACUGAGACUUAUGCAAUACCAUCUCAUCGCCAUAAAAAAGUGGUUGAGCUGCCAGCAGUUCAAGUGAAAGGAGGCAGUGACCUCUGGAUCCAGACACUCUGUGAGACAGUCUUGAAUGUAGCAAACAAGGGACAAGUUGUCCUGGUCAUCUGUGAGGAUGUCAGGACAGCAGAUGUGCUACAGAAGAAACUGCAAGAUGAAGAAAUAUGUCUGUCCCAUCCAAUUACAAUGUAUACAAUUAGUGAAAGACACAAUAUUGAGAAGAAAACAUUUCAUGGUGGAAGUAUCAUUAUUGCCACAAACCUUGGAGGACGUGGAACGGACGUAAAGGUUGAGAGAGAGGUCAAUCAGUGUGGUGGUCUCUUUGUGCUCCUCACAUACUUCCCACAAAACCGGCGUGUGGAAAGACAGAUCUUUGGGCGAACAGGACGAAAAGGAAACCCAGGCAUGGUGCAGAUGAUUCUCAACUCUGACUAUUUAGCGCCUGCUUACCAAGGUCAGUCUGUCGAAACCAUGCGUCACCUUCGAGAGGAGUAUGAGGUCAAACGUAUUCGUGACAUGGAGAAUGAUGAAUUGCUUGAAAUCGAAAUGAAGGAGAAGUUGUUUUCCAAGUUUUGUAGAUUCCUUGAUGACUUUGACAAUCGUUAUGAGGUGGAAGAGAAAAAAGAUAUCUCAACAAUGGAGCUGGGUAAAAUACCAAAGAUUUACCAAAGCCAUCACCCAAAGUUUGAUUAUCAGCCAGCACUUAAUGCUCUGAAAGAGUCAUGGGCUUUGUGGCUGACACUUCAUGAAGAACAGAUCAGUAACCAUGACGAUAUUGAAACACUGGAAGCAGAUCUCCUAAGAGAAAUGGAGAAUACAGGUGACAUGCUACUGAAUGGGAAAAGCAAUAAUUUCUAUGAUUACAUCAAGCAGGCAAUAAUUAGAACUGACCUGCACUGUCGAAACAAAUCCAAAUGUGACUAUGGAGCAUUGUCUUAUUGGCAAGAUGUUGCAGAAUCUGACCCAUUUUACAAUGCUGUAGCUUUAAACUACCAAUACACAGGUAUCUGUCCACAUAUCUUCAACAAGUAA